AUGGGACUGAGCGCCAGUGUCCCGGGACGGGGAGCGUGCCGGAGGAACGGCCAGGUUUUAUCGUCCCCAGCAGGGAUCCAACAUUCUCCCCAUUCUGGCCGCAGCAGGGCCUUGAGCGAUGGCGGACCCUCGUUUGACGGUGACAAAGCCUUUGCUGAGUUUCUGACGGACGAAAUUAAAGAGGAGAAGAAAAUCCAGAAACACAAAUCCUUGCCCAAGUUGUCUGGCGGGUGGGAGCUGGAUGUGCAAGGGACUGAGGCUAAGCUGACGCGGAAAGUAGCCGGUGAAACGGUCACCGUCUCCUUCAACAUUAACAACAGCAUCCCGCCGAGUUUUGAGGAGCCCUCAGAAGGGCAGAAGGCUGAGGAAGACCAAGAGCCUGAGCUCAUGUCAAACCCAAACUUUGUGGUGGAGGUCACUAAAGACGACACCAAGCAGACGCUCGUGCUGGACUGCCACUACCCAGAGGACGAGGAGGGGGAUCACGGCGAGGAAGGCGAAAGUGACAUCUUCUCCAUCCGAGAGGUCAGCUUCCAGCCCACCGGAGAGUCGGAAUGGCGGGAGAACAACUACACCCUCAAUACGGACUCCCUGGACUGGGCUCUUUAUGACCACUUGAUGGAUUUCUUGGCCGACCGAGGCGUGGACAACACAUUUGCAGAUGAGUUGGUGAAUCUCAGCACGGCUCUGGAGCACCGGGAGUACAUCCGCUUCCUCGAGGAUCUUAAACUCUUUGUAAAGUGUCAGUAGGGCCCGAGAGGAAGGCCAUGGCCUGCGUCGUCUUGGGGCAGGGCGAGGGGCAAUCCUGCCUUUGAAAGCUGGACUCGCGUUUGGAAUCCCAGGGGAUGAGAGUGGGAGGCAGGGGAAGCACGGAAGCGCAUCGUGGGUGCAGGUGGGCACUCGGGUGUGCAAAUGAGAGUGGAGUGUCUCUCCUGUACAAAUGAUGGAGAAGGGUAAGCCCAGUAGAAUAAAGCUCAUUUAAUGCUU